AUGGGGAAUCAGAAGCAGAAGUGGACGCAGGACGAAGAAGACGCGCUCAUCGCCGGAGUUGAAAAGCACGGUCCCGGAAAGUGGAAGAACAUUCUCAAAGAUCCCCAAUUCGCUCCUUUCCUCACUUCCCGUUCCAACAUCGACCUCAAGGACAAAUGGCGGAAUUUGAGCGUCAGUAACGGUUCUCAAGGUUCCAAAGACAAAUCUAGGGUUCCCAAGCUCAAGGCUCUUCCUGCUCCUCCUCCUGCUACCACCUCCACCACCACCACCACCACCACCACCACCACAACUGCCACUCCUCAAAACGCGCAUUCUGAUGUCGCUGCCCCUGAUUCUUCUCAGAAUGACCAGGAUGUCAAAAACCCUCCAAGGUAUAAUGCAAUGGUUUUUGAAGCUCUAUCAGCACUAAAAGAUAAUAAUGGAUCUGACCUAAAUGCCAUUGUUAGUUUCCUCGAGCAAAAGCAUCAGGUUCCUCAAAAUUUUAGAAGGGCAUUAAGUACAAGGUUGAGGAGGCUUGUUAAUCAAGGAAAACUUGAAAAGGAUGCCUCCUCAGGGACAAAAUCAACUUCACCAAAGCCAAAAGAUGUCUGGCCACCGCAGUCACAACCACAAACACAACGGCAAUCCCCACCUUCUGUCUUUACGGCAUCUAAUGAAACAAUAAAGGAAGCUGCUGAUACUGCAGCCUACAGAGUUGCUGAUGCUGAAAGUAAAUCAUAUCUGGCUGCGGAAGCAGUGAAGGAGGCAGAAAAAAUAUCAUUGCUGGUUGAACAUAGUGAUUCAAUGUUGCAGCUAGCAAAAGAUAUAUAUGAACAAUGUUCCCGUGGUGAAAUUAUCCUCUUAGCUUAA